UCACAACUUAUUUCCUUUGUCUUCCUUUAGCUUCCCUCUUCUCUCACCAGAAUCCGAGAGAGAGAGACUCUGUACUCUAAUCUGAGAAAGUGAGAGAGAGAAGAGAGAAAAAAAUGGAAAUGCAGACGAAGAAGCUCUUUAUCAUCACCAUUGUCUCCUUUCUUCUCUAUGCGCCAUUGUUCUUAUCUUCACCAGUUCCAGACCCUGAAUCUGUUGUUGAAGAAGUUCACAAGAGCAUUAAUGCGUCGGUUGCUGGAAGAAGGAAGUUGGGUUAUCUCUCAUGUACCACCGGUAACCCAAUCGACGACUGUUGGCGCUGUGACCCUCACUGGGAGCAACACCGUCAACGUCUCGCCGACUGCGCCAUUGGGUUCGGCAAAAACGCUAUCGGCGGCCGUGACGGUCGGAUCUACGUGGUCACCGACUCAGGAGACGACAACCCAGUCAGCCCCAAACCCGGAACUUUGAGACACGCCGUGAUCCAAGACGAGCCACUCUGGAUCAUCUUCCAGCGAGACAUGACGAUUCGGCUCAAAGAAGAGCUCAUCAUGAACUCUUUCAAGACCAUCGACGGUCGUGGCGCCUCCGUACACAUCUCUGGCGGGCCUUGUAUCACGAUCCAGUACGUGACCAACAUUAUCAUCCAUGGGAUCCAUAUCCAUGACUGUAAGCAAGGUGGGAACGCUAUGGUGCGGAGCUCUCCAAGGCACUUCGGGUGGAGAACCAUAUCGGACGGUGACGGUGUCUCUAUCUUUGGAGGGAGCCAUGUUUGGGUAGACCACUGCUCGCUCUCUAACUGUGAAGACGGGCUCAUUGAUGCUAUUAUGGGAUCGACGGCUAUAACUUUGUCUAACAAUCAUAUGACACAUCAUGAUAAAGUCAUGUUGCUUGGUCACAGUGAUACUUACACUCGUGACAAGAAUAUGCAAAUCACCAUUGCUUUUAACCAUUUUGGUGAAGGCCUUGUCCAAAGAAUGCCCAGGUGUAGACAUGGGUACUUCCAUGUGGUGAACAAUGACUACACACAUUGGGAGAUGUAUGCGAUUGGAGGAAGUGCUAAUCCUACAAUCAAUAGUCAAGGGAACAGAUUCUUGGCCCCAAACAUCAGAUUCAGCAAAGAAGUGACAAAGCACGAGGACGCGCCUGAGAGCGAGUGGAAGAGGUGGAACUGGAGAUCUUCCGGAGAUUUGUUGCUAAACGGUGCGUUUUUCACUCCCUCAGGUGGUGCAGCCUCGUCUAGCUAUGCAAAGGCCUCGAGCCUUGGGGCUAAACCGUCUUCACUCGUUGGACCAUUGACGUCUGGGUCUGGUGCACUGAACUGCCGUAAGGGUUCCCGUUGCUGAUUGUGGCUUACUUGGUCAACACUUUUACCCAAAUUAUAUAUAGGAAAAGGCAAUUAAAAAGCCACCACCAAUUAAGGGGGAUGAUUAAUACGAUCUUUUUACCCCCCUUUUUUUAGUUUUUACUUUUUUUCAAUUCGGGUAAAAUUGUAAGGAGAAUACAACCUCUGGCUUACUCUGCUCUUUAGGACUCUUCUUAAGGAUUCUCUGUUUUAAGGAAUCUGUUAAUUAGGUUAAAAGUGUGGGAACAAGUGCAGAUGUGUUGAUCUUUGAUAUUAAUAUAAAUAUGAUUUGUCUUUUACUUCUA